AUGGUUAAUUUAGUUAUCAAUGGCAAGGCCCCAGUGGUGGCCUAUGCAGAGUUAAUUGCUUCUCGUAUCGUGAAUGCUGCUCACAAGGAUGCUAUUACAGUUGAAUUCGUCGAUGAAAAAAAUGCUGCUCCUGUCGUCUUCAAUGGAUCUUCAGAUGAUACCUUUGCCAAGAUUAUCAGCACAUACCCAGACGUAUUUGGCCAUGAAUCCUCUGAAGAAGUUGCCCAUUGGAUCAAAGUUGCCCGUGAACAACUAGUCGUCAAGAAUUUCCAACAGUUAUCUCAAUCUUUGGAAAGAUUGGAUGCAGUUUUGAAUUUGAGAACUUUUAUCCUAGGUGGAUUAAAAAUUUCCGCAGCUGAUAUUGUUUGCUGGGGUGCUUUAAGGUCUAAUGGUAUGGUUGGAUCUAUCAUUAAGAAUAAGGUGUAUGUCAACGUUUCUCGUUGGUACACACUCUUGGAAUUAAAUCCUUCUUUUGGUGGUGCACAUGAAUAUUUGACCAAGUCUAUGCAAGGUAUCAAGAAAGCUGUUACCGCAGGUAAAAAGAAGGAAGGUCACAAGGCUAAUUUCGAAAUUGAUCUGCCUGACGCUAAGAUGGGUGAGGUGGUUACUCGUUUCCCACCAGAACCAUCAGGUUAUCUACACAUCGGACAUGCUAAGGCCGCUAUUUUGAAUGAAUAUUUUGCACACGCUUACAAGGGUAAAUUAAUCAUUAGAUUUGAUGAUACUAACCCAUCCAAGGAAAGAAUGGAAUUCCAAGAUGCCAUUUUGGAAGACCUUGAACUUAUGGGGAUCAAAGGUGAUAAGAUCACUUACUCUUCUGAUUACUUCCAAGAGAUGUAUGAUCUAUGUGUCCAAUUAAUCAAAGAAGGUAAGGCUUACUGUGAUGAUACCGAUGUGGAGAAGAUGAGAGAAGAACGUAUGGAGGGUAUUCCUUCUGCAAAGAGAGAUCUAUCAGUCGAGGAAAAUCUAAGAAUUUUCACUGAAGAGAUGAAAAAUGGUACCGAAUUCGGUCAAAAGAACUGUGUUCGUGCAAAGAUCGAUUACAAAGCCGCUAACAAAACUUUGAGAGAUCCUGUCAUUUACAGAUGCAAUUUAACUCCUCACCACAGAACCAAGGGUCAAUGGAAGAUGUACCCAACUUACGACUUCUGUGUGCCUAUCGUUGAUUCCAUCGAAGGUGUUACCCAUGCACUACGUACCAUCGAGUACAGAGACCGUAAUGCUCAAUACGACUGGAUGCUAAAGGCUCUACGUUUGAGAAAAGUACAUAUUUGGGAUUUUGCUCGUGUUAACUUCAUGAGAACUUUGCUGUCCAAGAGAAAGUUACAAUGGAUGGUUGACCAUGGUCUAGUCUCAAACUGGGACGAUCCAAGAUUCCCAACUGUCAGAGGUGUGAGAAGAAGAGGUAUGACCGUGGAGGGUUUGAGAAACUUCGUCAUUUCUCAAGGUCCUUCGAAGAAUGUGAUCAACUUAGAAUGGAACUUGAUUUGGGCUGUCAAUAAGAAGAUCAUUGAUCCAGUGGCACCUAGACAUACCGCUGUCGUAGACCCAGUAGAGAUCACUUUGGAGGGCGAAGGUGCUCCUGAGACUCCAAAGGUCGAAUUGAAGCCAAAGCAUAAGAAAAACCCAGCUGUUGGUGAAAAGAAAGUUAUCUACUCUAACAAAAUUAUCAUCGACAAGGAAGAUGCCAGUGUGUUAGAAGUUGGUGAAGAAUUGACCCUCAUGGACUGGGGUAAUAUUAUCAUCACUAGCAAAAAUGCUGAUGGUUCCUUGGUUGCCAAGACUAACCUAGGUGGUGAUUUCAAGAAGACCAAGCACAAAGUUACUUGGUUGGCUAACACUGAUUACGUUCCUGUUGAGAUGGUGGAUUUCGACCAUUUAAUCACAAAGGACAAAUUGGAAGAAGAUGAAAACUUCACCGACUUCAUCACACCUCAAACUGAAUUCCAUACUAAGGCAGUUGGUGAUGUCAACGUAAAAGACAUGAAAGUGGGUGAUAUCAUUCAAUUCGAAAGAAAGGGUUACUGUAGACUGGACUCCAAGGCUGAAGGUGACAAGCCAUACAUCUUCUUUACCAUUCCUGAUGGUAAAUCCGUGAACAGAUACGGUGCCAAGAAAUAG